AUGUCAGAUUCCAACCCACUAUCAAUUCUAAAAGGAGAAAUAAAGCGCCUCGGAUUCGUUUCAGACGAAAAAAUAAGUUUAUUUGGUUACUUCACCGGAAAUGAGAAGAAUCAAGCUGACGCGUUAUCUUUCAUUGACGACUGUGAUACUGAUGAAGAAAAACGUAAUUAUUUGAGGUCUCUAAUCUCUCCACCUG